AUGGAGGCAAAACUACGUUUUCUCUUUCUUUUAUUUUCCCUUUUUAUUUCGAAGGCUUUCCCGCAGACAAUCGCUAUUGAAUCUUCGCUGGCUACGCAGCCGCAAGAGGUGCAGCAGCAGCAGCUGUCGGUGUCUGCUGCGCGAGGUGUACGUACACCCUGGGGUGUAUCUGCAGCUGGCGACAGCACCUUGCGCGCGCCAGAUGCCGCUUCAGAUCAUUUCUUGUUGAAAAAGAAUCCCCAGCCUUCAGUGCAUCUCAAAGUUGUAGACUCUAAUGGAAAUGUUUCAGAAGUUCCAAUAGACUUCCAAGAAGCGCGGCUGCAGCAGCAGCGGGGCUUCUGGGGGGAUGUAGCAGCAAAUGGUUUAGCGCUCUUUCUUGCUUCUGCAUGCAUCAUUUUGGCGAAAGAAUUGUUGAAUUGGUUUUCUUCAAAGAGACACAGAAGAAGAGAAGUUGAAAAGAAAGAAGCCGCUGCUCGCCGCCGCGCUGCUCUCAGCAGCCAGCUGGCGGCAGCAGACGAGCAGCUGCAGCAGCUGGAGCAGCAGCAGCAGCAGCAGCAGUUCCAGGCUGCAGCAGCGGACCAAAGAGCAGCAAGCCUCGCUCUCAGGCGUUUGCUGCAGCGACUCGAUUCUUACAGAGAAGAAAUAAAGGAAAUGGAUUCCCCUGCGCUUUUGGCUUAUGUUGAAAGUCUUUUGGUAGCAGCAACGCAGCAGCUGCAGCAGCAGCAGCAUCAGCGCGGCUCCGGCCUUUCGCCUGCAGCAGCUGCAGAGGCUGCUGCUGCAGCAGCAGCAGCAGCUGCUGCUGCUGCUGCUGCACUGCGCCCCUCAAAGGCAGAGGCGCAGCAGCAGCGCGGGGAAGGCCCCGAGCCCGCGGGAAGACCUUUGGACCUCGAAGCAGAAACGGAGCUGCAGCAAGAGCAGCAGCAGCAGCAGAGGAAGCUGGACAUGGAAGUGCUGCAGGCUCUGCUGCAGCAGCAGCCGCACUUGAGCCCCAGAGAAGCAAUUCAGAAAGCCACAGAAAUUGCAAAUGGGCAAAAGGCUGGCAGCAGAUGA